AUGUCUGUUAAUAAUGAAAUGACUUUUGAUGAUGUAUUGCUAAACUGUGUCGCUGAUAAUACGGAUUUGUCUGCUACUGACUUUAUUGAGCAGUGCUCCAAGCCACUCUACACUCUUUCAGAAAGCGCUCCUAAUGAAUUGUUCACCUUAGAAAAUUCGAUUUUGUUAUUUGAAAGAGGAAACUCCGCAUUGACGAAUUUACGAUCAAACUUCAAAGAAAAAAUAAAGAAACACGACUCUGAAUCUAAGUAUAUUCAGCAUGACUACCAAAAGAAAUCCAAGCAUCUACGAGACAAGUUUUCUCAAGUGUUAGACCUUUCAAGGCACUUAAACGACAAUGUAGAAGACAUGAAAGGCGGUCUUGUAGACGUCGGGAAGGAAUUAGAGCUUGCUGAGAAUCACCGGAAGAGGAUAUUGGCAUCUGCCGACUUGAUUCAAUACUAUUUGGAAUUUCGUUCGGGAAACUCUCAAUCUCUUUCGGAUCUCUUUCGUACAAAUAAUCAUGAUAAAAUGCUUUUAUGCGCUCAAAGAACCAGACAACUGUUAGGCUUUGCAAAUGAAGUAGAUUUGCCCGGAGCUUCUGAAACACUAAAUCGCAUCGAAAAAUUUUCCGAAUUCUUAGAAACGAGUUUUCUUAAAUUUUUCAACAAUGAGUAUAGAAAGCCUAACUGGAAAGGAAUGGCUUCUUUCGGAACAAUUUUGCAAGAGUUCAACGGAGGGGCGUCCGUUAUUCGCGAGUUUGUUAAUCAACAUGAGUUUUUCAUAGCCGCGGAUAAGCUUGAAUCAAGAAAAGGAUUGGAAGAAGAUGGUAUUUGGAACGCUCUUCAGGACCCUUUCCAAUCUGUGCCGACUUCUAUUAAUAGCCUUUCUUCCCUUUUUAACGAAAUAUGCUCUGUCGUUGACAGAGACUGUGCUGUCAUUAAACGUGUUUUUCCAAAACCAGAGCUUGUUUUACAAACACUCUGUCAAAGAAUUUUCGGGCAAUCCAUCCAAAAUCGUAUAGAAGAGGUUAUGGAAAUUGCCCAUUCCAAGACAAACUUGGCAUAUUUAAGAUCCUUGCAGACCGUUGUUUCUUCUUUAAAAGAGUUAUUGAUUCAAUUGAAAGAAAUCCUGGCUCGUCGCGGGUUCAAUGUCUCUGAUAACUCCCCUUUGAUCCUUGCAUUAAAUCAAUAUUUGGAAGAUUUACUCGUUCCGUAUGUAGAACCAAAUGAAUACCUCAACCGCGAGAGGCAAUCUUUAACCUCAAUGUUCUGGUUGAAUGUUUACAAGUUUUUGGUUGCGAAUCCAUUCAAGCAACGAGCCAAGCCUGGUCUUUUAAGAUCACUUAUGAACCCUAUUCAGCAAUCAAAAGCUCCGUCAACAGAUUCACAAACCCGCUUUAGUACAAAAACGGAAGGUUAUUUAUUGAGAAUAGCAGGUAUUGACGAGAAUUUGAUCAAGUCGGGCGCAGUCGUCUCUGAAAGUACAUUAUCUAUACCUGAAAACGAAGGUCAUUUGAAUUCAAAAAAUACAUAUUCUUUUAUUGGCUGGCAUGCCGAGGCUUUGAAUCGAGCCUCCCUUAUGAUGUCCCAGCAAGAUAUAAGUACAAUCCUAUUUUCUCUAGUGAAAUUACUAGACGAAUUAGUUAACAAUCGAUACAUAAAUGAAGCAUUAUUGUCGGUUUAUAACUAUAUCCAGCAAUAUGACAAACGCUCUGACUUGGAUUUGAGCUUUUUAAUUGAUAUCCGUGAAUGCAAAAAGAUAAUGGGUUUUUAUUCCGCAUAUAUUACUUCUAUAAUUAUACCCUCUGUAGGUUUUACCGCGUCUUCGAGGAAAGAAACGAUCAAUACUUUGAGCUUAGCUAUUACAAAUCUUGAACAUCGCGUCAACAGCUUGUUCUAUGCUUCUGUAAAGGUGUUGAGUUCCCGAUUAGAUCUCCUUCUAGCCCCAUAUAAAAAUAUCUCUUACGCUAUGUCAGAGGAACAGAUCGAUAUAUCACCAAAGCAACGACAGUCAAUGACUAAGAUGGUACAAACCUAUCUUGAUCAACUGCUGUCGUCUAUUCAAAAACUCGACCAAAAGGAUCCAUCGCUGUUUGCUUUGAAGAAGAAAGCUGCGCUUAAUCUUGCGGCAGUAUUAGUAGGAUAUGCAUUUCGCUCUAAAGUCACUCCAACUGGUGCGUUGCUACUACAAGAUGACUUAAAUUUCUUUCAUUCAGUUUUACAGAGUUGGGGUAUCGACAUCGUCAACAAUAAAUUUAGAACCUUACAGCAAUUGCUAAGCCUAUUAAUGGUCAAGACUGAUGUUUUACCAGCGGUAAUGCAGGACAAGCGAAAAGCCGGUUUCACUGAUAUGAAUAUUCAUGAAGUUUUGCGCCUACGCUCUGAUCUGCCAGAGGAUUUGCGCUUGCAGACAAAUAAAGAGGAUAUUUUAAUUUCUACGAAGAGUAGUUAA